GACGUCAACAGUAUAAAUUUUGUCGGUCUCCCCCUGAACCAACAGAAGAAGGGAACUUUCUUCUCUAUAGGAACGGUAUAACGGUUUGGCAACGUAGUCAACCUUUUGCAGUUUCUCUUUGGGUUAUACCGGUCAAGUAUCCGAUUUCAUCCAGCUUAGCCAUGAUGCAACUCAGCAACGACACACAAAGCAACAAGCACUCGCUGCUCAACGUCAUGAACCGGUUCAUCGCCGCUGCCAACAACAUGGACGAGACCAUCAUGGUGCCAAGCUUACUGCGGGACGUGCCUCUGGAGGAACAGGACAGCCAAGCCUCUGUUGGCCACAACAACAACGAUCCCCCCUUCCCCAGCAAACAGAGGGACAUGUAUGAGCACUACCUGCUGUUGAAGUCCCUUAAGAACGACAUGGAAUGGGGUCUGCUGAAGAGGGAGAUGAGUGGCGGCGCCAGCUUUCUAGAGAUGGCAGUGAAGCAAGAAGAGCUGCCACAGGUGAACGGAGGUGCCACAGAGGAGGGCUCUGACCUGGAGGGCCAGUUCCACUACCACCUCCAUGGACUGUUUGCUGUUCUGUCCAAGCUCACGGUCCAGGCUGACCAUCUCACGAAUCGUUACAAGCGAGAAAUUGGCGGGGGUAGCCUUUUGCGAUAGGGUUGAUUAGUUUAAGUCUAAUAUGGACAAUUCAUGAACUGUUGGACUGGGAAGUGAAUGGGCAGCAGUGGACCUAAAGGGCUCUAGAUUCCCCUCUGCCAUCAAAAGGGUUUUUUGCCCAAAAUUAGUUGUCAUGUGGCUUGUUUUGCCAGUCUCUGGUGCUUUCAGGAUGUCCAUUAGAAGUUAAAGGGCUAUGAGAGUAAUGAGGUUUUUAAACUGACCAUUUCAGCAGCGUGCAUGUAUUCCAGCUUGACUUGGGUUUUGUUUUUUAAAUCUCUGUAUGCCAAGUCAGAAAGCCCUUGACAUGUCAUUUGAAGCUGUAGAAGAAUGUGAAUGCUGGUAAUUCAGUUCUUCGUAUUAGCCAACCAAUGCCUUUUUUAAGGAGGGGAUUUUUAUGUAUUAAUGCUGCUCUUGUGCACUUGUCCAUGUGUAAUGGCGUGCCUUCUGUUUUCAUUUCCCACUUGUGCUGUUCAAGCACGUGUGCUUGUCAUGCAUUGUAUCCUUUUGAACAGGACCCAUAUGAGUCUGUAAUGCCACUUGUUUUUGUUUUGGAUUGUCCUAAAAGAUUUCAAGUUUUAUAUUGUGCUGUAAUAUAGUGACUUAUUAAAUAAAGCAUUAACUUAAA